AUGGCACCCAUUCCCAUCCCUACGCUUCACAACAUCACUGAUGACCCCAAGUCGGGUGGAUUUAGUCUCGAUCCAGUCGGAGUGUCUGGCUUCUUCGGCGGGGAGGAGGUCAUCUCUGCCCUGGCCACUGUGCAUCUGGAAACGGAACGGAGGUGGCUUGGGUGGUACAAUUCUCCCGGAAGCUAUAACAUCGGCAGAACGUACGGUCAGCUGGCAGACUCAAAGUUCUGGAGAGGGCUUUUCCCUGGGCGCCGAGAAGAGCCGGAAGUGGUAUUCAAGCUCGAUGGUAGCAAAGGUCCCAGAUACGUCGGAGCGUUUUCAGGGACCUGUAUCAUAGACACGGGCCACCUCGCCAGCUUGCUGAUGGAUAAAUGCAAGCAAGAGUCGAAGGAGCUGUCAGCCCCCGGUCGACAGGGUUCUACGAGCUACUUGAACGUCGUCUCGCUGGUCGACGUUGAUCAUGACGACAUUCGUCUUCGUACACCACGUCUCACCAUCGCCUUUGCCAUCCUCCCUAUCAUCGUCAACCUUGCCUGCUGUGCCAUGUGCGCCUUAGGGGGCGACUGGUUUUGCUUCGCCAUCAUCUUGAUCGGCAUACUCGCUGGAGGCAUUUCCAAUAUAGUCAUAGGCGCUGGAGCGGUCAAGGUGGACUACAACAAGAACCCUGCCAAGGGAUCACCGCCGGGUGACGGGCUGCUGAUUGGCUCGGCGGAGGUAACAAUUAUCAGAGGAAGAGAGAUGGACACAAACAUCAUCACCAAAGGUCGUUUCCGCAUUGAUUCGGCGAACGUCUACAACCGCAGGCUCACCGGGUUUUGUUCAUUUCUACUCCUCCUUCAGUUCCUCGCCCAACUUCUCCUCGUCCCGCAAGGUACAUUUAUGGGCCAAGUCUGGUUCUUGACGUCGCUGGCGGCCUCGUGGGCGUACACAUCCUUCUUCCCUUCUAAGGAGCACGAUGAUGUCCAGCAGAAAUUCCUCUGGAAGAAACUGGGCGAUCCCCACAUUCACAGGUUCAAAUUCGGUUCUAGGACGGCGAUGGCCGUAUUCGCUGUGCUGGCGCUGGAGCCGACAUGUCCCAUGGAAAUGGUAGACGAGCUUCUUUCGAACAAAACCACGGUAUGGAGGAUAUGGAGGCAGAUCCUGAAGACGGAGCUCAGCAGACUCCGUGAUGAGGAGUCGGAAAAAGAGACCGAAUCAGUAGAUUUUGACCUAGAGGUAGCUUUUCACAGCCUGAGCGAUGGCGAUAAGACUUUACUCGAGAACCUCAAACAUGACCUUCGCACUGGGAUAAAGGUGUAUGAGGAUUUUAUGGGUCUCGGGUGUUGUUUAAAUCCUCCCCUGCCUGGUCUACUGCCUGUCAAUGCCAGCGCUGCUAGAAGUCGGCAUACGCUCACGAGCAAUAGUGAACAGACUCUCGUACACUAGGUCUUCUACUCAGAGGUGGAGUCUUUCGAUGUAUCAAUCUCAUGUCGCAAUGCUGAAAUCAUUCAUACCAUGCUUGCCUAUAUGUCUACCGUAGUAUAUCAACGUCUCAAGAAUACUGUAUUUCAUUGGCCUUGUAAAUAUGGGUUCAAAACUGUAUAUUCUAUGUGAUCAUGCAAUCGAUGCACUUUGU